AUGAAAUAUGCUGAAUAUUAUAUCAAGCAAAAUAUUGUGUCACUAAAUAUCCAAUUCGAUAUUUUCACAAAAUCGUUUAUUAACUAUUUACUCACUUCCAAAGUUGCUUUAAAUCAUGUUAAAGCUUCUAUUAUAAUCAAAAAACAAAAAAAUAUUAAAAAUUUUCAUUUAUAUAAAGUUAAAUUCACGCUUAUAUAUAAUCAUAAAAAUGAUUGUGAAUAUGAUCAAAAAAUAUUAUCAAUAAAAAAAUGUUCAGACAAAAAUAACUCAUAUAAUGCUGAACCUUCUAUAAAAGGUGGAAAUGAUGGAGCACAAAAUGUUUUCCCCUCCAAAAAAAUUCAAUUAAACUACGUCAACUAUUCUGUUAACAAAGGGAAAGACAAUUCUGUUCAUAUAGAAAAAAGCGAACAUAAUGAAAAACGUGAAAUAUAUGAAAAAGAUGUUUAUAAAAAAUAUAAUAAUAGUCCAAAUUUUUUGAAAUGUAAUAAACCUAUAAAAAAGGAGGAUAUAUAUUUUCCAGAGUAUAAAAAUUUAGGAAAUGACAAAAAUAUAUGUGCAGAUAAAUGUAUAAAUACGAAAACAGAAAAUGGAAAUGAAGCGAAAAAACGAUUUGUAGAAAUAAAACCAAAUGACAUACAUGGUGGCAAUAAUAAAAAUGAAACGAAAAUAAGUACAGUUCAAGCAUUAAAUGAGAAAAAUGAGGAAAAUAAAAACAAAAAAUUCGAAAAUAAUCAGUUUUGUGAUUUAACUAGUAUGUUAGAAAUGCAAGAAAUUUUUAGUAAAGGCGAAUUUAGUAAAAAGAUAAAUGUACAAUUAAAAGAGAAAAAAAAAAAAUUGUGUAAAUAUAUAAUGCUACCUUCCAUGUUAACAAUAAUAAAUGGGAAGAUUAAAUCAAUUAAUUUUGUGAUAAAUAAAAAAUUGAGUAUAAUAUUAUUAGUAGAAAUAAUUGUAAAUAGAAAAAAUACCAGUUUUUUUGAUAUAUGUAAAAAUAGAGAAUUAGACAAUAUGCUAAAAUUAAAAGAAAACAUAAUACAAUGCAAAGUAUGCAAUAAAAACAUUAUGUUUUAUACAAACAUUAAUCUUAUAAUGCCUUAUGUGUAUUUAAAUAUACCUAAUUUUUUUGAUCAUGCAUUUUGUGAGGAAUGUGAAACAGUUUCAUGGGAUUCUAUAAAAGAUACUGAUAAUAAUAUUUAUAUUUUUUCAAAUUCUUUAUGUUUUAAUUAUAAUUUAACAAAUCAUUAUAAUAUAGUAAUUAAUAGAAACGAAGCAAAAAACUAUAGGUAUUUUUUUUUUUGUGAAUUUUGUUACAAUACAUUGGGUUACUUGGAAAAUGAAAGAAACCGGUCGAUAGCCAAUUUUUCGAAAAUGGGUAAUGGGGUUAACAAAGUUAAUAAUAAUAUGAGUGCAGUUUUAUGUGGAUUAAGUAAGAGCACUAACAAAAAUGAAUACGUUAACAUUAAUCAAUUUUUUUUAUUAAAAUCUAAUGAGUCCAAAUAUCCAUUAAUAGAAAAUAAUCCAGACAAAUAUAAAGAAAUCACUAAAGAAAAUUUCCUAUUUCAUGAAAAAAAGAAAACAACAGAUCAUUUUGAAAAGUGCGCACAAAAAAAUGCAUCGGAAGACAACAAUAAUGUUAACAGUGAUAAUACCAAUUGUGAGAAUUUGAAUUUAAAGGUUUACUUAUUUAAGCAUAAAAUAAAAAUGCUUCUUAAAAGCAAGAACAUUUUUAAAAGCUACAAUGACUUAUUAUUCCUUAGCGAAUAUAUGCAUAACAAAAUGGAAAAACAUAACAUAGCAACUUUUUAUUUAAAAAGUUAUGAGAAAAUCAAAAUUAUUGAAAUAAAAAUUUUUAUUAAAAAGUUGUAUAUUUGUAACAUAAUGAAUACAAAAAAACAUUAUGAUGAAAAUUCUAUAUGUUUUCAAAAAGUAAUGAAAGUAUUAUAUUGUUUGAAAAAACAUGAUGAGAAUAAAAUAUCUAACUCAGAAAUAAUAAAUAUAUCAAAAAAUAUUUAUAAUGACGUCUUAAAAAUGUUGAUUAGUUAUUCUUUUAAGUCAGAUAUUUUUGCAAACGCUCUUUUUUCUUAUCUUCAUUUGGUUCAGUAA